UCCGAGCGUUGGACACGACGUCAACUUUACCUUGGGGGUCAGACGGUUCGGCGUUCUCGGCGUCCAAACACGUGGAAUGCAUUUGUUCGCCAACGACUGGAUGACAUAAACGAAGGCCUAUCAAAGGGUAACCGUUGGAAACUCACAGAGUUUAUUGAGUCUCAUAAAGAAACUCUUCGCAACGACUAUGCAAGACUCUCACGCGCUCAAAAGAAUAAUUACGAAGUCGAGAUUAUCAAGAUGCGUGCCGACAAGCAGCGCAUGGUCCACGACAACCCAAGAGCGGUCCAGCGCGACAUGCAGGCUACUUUUGCUGCUAUGGACCAAGAGGUACUUUCUUAUUUUCUUCGUCGCUCGUUUUCUGACAGGCAUAUAAUCCAGUGGACAGCUAUUUGCUCCCGCCUCGGUGUUGAAGGCUUUUAUGUGGCUGUCCGCGGUGGAAUUGAGGACCUUAGUGGUCCCAAACUUUUUUUUUCAGAGAAGGCCGAGAAGUUUGUGCGAGCCGUUCUGGAUCUUGAGCCUCGGCGCCUGGCAUUAAAACUGGAAGCAUUUGCUGUCUCUGGCCUUGGUAAGGAGAAAAAAUCCCUCAACCAGCUGGUCAGUGAAUGUCGGACGCUCAUACAAGACGAACUUGACUUUAUCUUGUGCGAAAACAAACUCGCCAACCACGCGAAAAUGAACUAUACUAACUACGAGCACGCCAUUGUUGAACACUAUGGCGUGGAGCUCAAAGGUUGGCCCUUCGAACUUCUGCCAGUCCGGAAUCCCUCUAGUAUUGGCGGACGCAAGUCAGUGCAAUUAUUGAUCAACAGACUCAUCGAAGAGACCUGUAAAUGGACGAAGCUAACUGAGGAAGAGCUUGCAGACAGGAUUACCAGCAAUCAUGCUCGGCAAGCAGCUGGGGAGACCGUCUACAAACCACGGAAGACGCGCACCAAAAAGACAGUAGAAAAGAGUGCUGCCAUUGUUGAGAGUAGCAGUGAGAGUGACGAGAACGAAGGGGAUGAUGGGGACAAUGAGUAA